AGUUAACUUGCAGGUUAAAAGUUGGAGCUCAAAACCCUCCGUCCUGUCUUUCCUUGCCUGUUUCAGACAAUGGCGGUUGCCGCCGUCGAGGAUUUUGAGGUCGUCCCUGAAGAACCAAUAUCAUGGCUGCCUUCUCAUGUUCUUGAUGAACCAAUAUCAGAAACAAAUAAAGCAAAGGAUGAUUUUAAGUACCAUUAUCAUCGCCAUCGUUCAAAGCUUCCUACUGAGCCUUUAUCACCGCACCCAAAGACUAGGUGGAGAAGGCAUGAUCAGAGACCAAGAUACUGGGGCCACUGGGCACCGGGAGGAGGUGGUGGAAUGCAGGCGUUUUUCCUUCAUUCCGGUGAUAAAUCAACCGGCACAGGCGUUUUCCUUCCUCAAACUCAGUACAACAACACUUCCCACUCAUCCAGACGACCACCUUGCUCUCCGGUGCUACUCCCUUCCCGGGUCGUUCAAGCUCUCAACCUCAAUGUUCAUCAAUUAGGCCUCCAUAUAUCUCCUCGCAGAGAUACCAAGAAUAAUAGUACGAGUGCAAGAGAUGGAGAGUGGAGUUCAUUCGAUAAUAAAAAUGGUAAGGAUGUAUCAUCCAAACGUUGCGUUAGCGGAAAUGAAAAUUCUUCGGCGGCCGACAUGUUUCUUCCCGAUGAAUGGACUUACUAAGUUCAUCUGCAACACGGAUACUUGUAUUUAUAAAGCUGCUACAUUGACAUAUUGUUCUGUUUUUUUUAAGGGGUUUACCCCCCAUUUUUAGUGAAAAAAGUCGUGUCAUUGAUUUGU